CAUCAAAAACAGUAAUCCAGACAACAACGCCUUGUCAACGUGACAGGCAUUUGGUUACAUUUAUCAAAAUUUAAAGUUGCUAAUAUGCACUGUAUUUAGUACAAAUCGCAAAAUUGGUUGUAAUUACGAGAUGACAGAGGAUGCAGUAAAGUUAUGGAUCAUUACCUGACAACUUACAGAAAGGAUUAUCUCUGGCCGAACUUGCCAGGGACUGGGGCCAAUGCCGGGGCUAGUCCGCCGGGGUUUCCGGGCGGUGGUGGUGGCAUUGGCGGUGGGGGUACCGGCGGCGUCGGCGGCGGGGGUGCCGGACUCGCGGAUGUUCAGAAGUUAUCUGGCGAAGAGUUAGCAUUCUACCAAGCAUGCCUGCAGCACUCGCGCCCGCCGGACUGCCGCUGCCCGCAGUACUCCGGCGGGGAGAUGCCGCAACUGCCACCAGGCAAAGAAGGCGGAUGGAGUCGCAAUGAAAUAAUGGGGCCAAUGUUAGAUCCAAAACUGUACCCGGUGCGUGUCGCAGCUGCCCCAGAGACGCCGACAUCGCGUUACGAUCAGCCCAACGCUUUCUUAGAUAAGCUACAAUCAAAAUACCCGAUGCUGUAUAGCAUCUUGCAAAACGAGGCAUCGCCGGAGUUGAAGCAAAGAAUAGACCGGGAUCGGAACAAAACAACAUACCAGGUCGACUAUUGUGAGACAGGUCCCGGUGCCAAGUUCGAGGGUUUGCAACGCGCCGCAGACUCUGCGGGCACGGGCCCGUGCGCGCAGCCCAUGCGGCUGCCCGGCGACCCGUGCCGCGUCGGGCCCAAGCCCGGCAAGGCCGCGCCCAAGACCAUCUCCAAGCAGGUGUCCGGCAGCGCCAGCGACCCCCGGGCCAAGUGCGAAACCACAUCAGCGGUGCCACCUCUCGGCAAGACGGAGUACCAGGACGGCGUGUCCAAGCUGGGCGCCAUCAUCAUGCGCGACAAACUGCACCGGCGUUAGCACACCACAUGAGCAACCCACACAAUCAUGGAAUACACUACUUGGAACAA